AUGGAAAACAUUCAUUCAUCCAAUUUAGUAGAUGAGUCAGGCAACAAGACUCAAAGGCCACCCAUCCUUGUUGUUAAUAAUAAUACAGGACAUCAUUCAAAAAGAUCUAUAAGUGGCAUGGAUAUUUUGAAUGGGUUAAAAAUUAUUACCAGUAGUAAUGAUACCAGCACUAGUAGUACGAUACCCUCAUCUCCUGUACCUUCUCAAUUUAAUAUAGAGUAUUAUCAAUUCAACCAAAUUGAUGAUUUUGAGCUUAAAGAACCAAUAGGCUAUGGUUCCUCUGCUAUAGUAUUAAAAGCUAUUUACAAGCCAUUAAAUAAGACGAUGGCUUUGAAAAUGAUUGAUCUUGAUAAGUUUGAACGGAACCAGAUUGAUGAACUUCGACGUGAAACUGCAUUGAUGGCAUUAUCUAAACAUCCAAAUGUGUUGCGUGUUUAUGGUUCAUUUGUUCAUGGAUCCAAGUUAUAUAUCGUCACACCCUAUUUAUCUGGUGGUUCUUGCUUAGACAUUAUGAAAACAAAAUUUCCCGAGGGUUUAGACGAAUUGAGCAUAGCUACCAUACUACGUCAAACAUUAGAGGCCCUUGUAUAUUUGCAUAAAAAUGGACAUAUUCAUCGUGAUGUAAAAGCAGGUAAUUUACUAGUAGACGAAGACGGUACUGUUUUAUUAGGCGACUUUGGUGUCUCUUCCUCUUUAAUGGAAACAGGUGAAAAGGGGAUGCGAAAAACGUUUGUUGGUACACCUUGUUGGAUGGCUCCUGAAGUAAUGGAACAAGCUGAAUAUGACUAUAAAGCAGAUAUAUGGAGCUUUGGUAUUACAGCUAUUGAAUUAGCUACUGGUCAUGCUCCAUUUGCAAAAUAUCCUCCAUUAAAGGUAAUAUUUUUAUAUUCUAAAUCCUUUAAAGAGAUGAUUGACUUGUGCCUUUUGAAAGAUCCUUUAAAAAGACCACAUGCAGAAAAGCUGAUUCAACAUCCCUUUUUUAAACAAACGAGAAAAAGGGAUUGUCUUUCAAAAUCAAUUCUUUCCGAACUUCCUCCCUUGGAGCAAAGAUCACGUAAAAAGAUACCCCAAGAACAAGUAGCGAUUGCAAAAGUAGACGAAUGGAAUUUUGAUGAAGAAGAGAAUGACAAUAAUAAAGCAGUAUCAGAUAAUGAAGGAUGUCUAUCAGAUCAAAAUAGUACUAAAGAAUCAGUAGCUAAAACAACAAAAAAACAUAUAUCAUUUGGGGAUGUAGUAGUUCGUAAUAAUAAUACAUUAGUUCACCCUUCUGAUGAACCCCUACUUGGUUCAAUCAUGGCUACUACGCCAUCAAAAAAAUCACGCUUUGUGAUUGAAGAAGUAAUAACAAAAAUGGAUCCAACUAUAGAUUUAUCUUCUUCAGUUAGAUCAAUUAGUCCUAUGACAGAUGAUGAUCACACUAUCUCAGUAGAACAGAAUAAUCAUGGUGAAAUCAUGAAAGGAAGGUUUUAUAUUAAUCAACCUAAAGUAUCAGCUUGGACUAAUAACCAUACUACAUCAAGUAAUAAUGAAGCAUUUAUUGAUAAUCAAGAAUCCAUUACACAACAACCUACAUUUAACCAGCAAGAACUUUUAUCCAUUACAAGCGAUCGUAAAUCACGUUUUGAGAUAUCCUCUGCGUCAUCAUCAUCUUCUUCUCCUAUGAUUUAUCAACCUAUUCCACUCUCACGUGAGAGCUCGAGCUAUUCUUCAAUAUCUAAUAAAAAUAGCAAUAGCUUAACAGCUGCUAUUGUUGAAAAAAAAUGA